UAAUGGCGUAAGAAGAGUGCUAGGUCGCCAUCUUAGUACAGAAAAAAUACGCCAUCUUACGUGAGGAGAUAUAGUUUUGCACAUUAUACAAUAUAUAUUAUAAUUUACUUGUAAUAUAUUUUUUUACUAAAAUGCCUACAAACUGUGCUGCUGCUGGCUGUACGUCUGUAUACAACAAAAAUAUUAAUAUCAGCUUUCACAGGUUUCCAUUAGAUCCUAAGAGGAGGAAGGAAUGGGUUCGACUUGUAAGAAGGAAGAAUUUUGUGCCAGGCAAAUACACUUUUCUUUGCUCAAAACAUUUUGAGCCAUCUUGUUUUGAUCUAACAGGCCAGACUAGGCGACUUCGAAUAGAUGCCAUUCCAACAAUUUUUGACUUUCGUGUGCACCUCAAAUCAAGAAAACCAAGAUUCAGAAAAGUCUUUCAGGACACUGAUUGUGAUGUCACCCAAACUGGACCUUCCAACUGUAUCCUUACUGGCAUCAAGCGACAGGUGAACCUUGAUCAUAGUUAUGCUUUCAAAAGCCCACUAGAAGCCAAACAUCGCAUAAUUAAAUUGGAGAAAGAAGUGGAAUGUCUGAGACGAAAAAUAAGAAUGUAUAUGCAGAAGGAACGAAGAGCUACAAGAAGAUGGCUAAAAAUGAAUUACCUUAUUAAAAGUUUGGAAGCAAAUGAUAUUCUACCAAAAGGAAUAGUAGAUGAAGUUCUACCAGCUGUGAUGAAAUCCCUUCCCUUGAAAGCGUUAGAAAGUAAAACAGGGAGGCAUCAUUUGUCUGUUGUACCAGUGUUUUGUUAUGAAGACACAGAACAGUUAUCUCAGUGUGAAAUACUGCUUCCAAUAGACUUAUAAGAAUAAUUUUAAUGAUUUUGUAUCAUAAGAACAUCUUUCUGGAUAUGAAAAUCCCAUCCCUCUGAUUUUGCUAAAGAUCCAUCUGGCAGUGUUUGUUUUUAGAAAUUCUUAAGUCAGUUCUGGUCCGGUUUGCAUACUAUAGAUUGCCCUAUGGCAGUUAAUGAUUUUUAGAAGAACUUUCAAAGCAGACGUAUAUGUUUACAAGACAGUGUCAACUUGUGCCUUUGUUUAGGAGCUGAGCAAGAUGUGUUGCUUGCUUUGCCAUGGAGCAGUCAUCCGUUUCUGAAGCUAUUCUGGGAAGCCUUGAUUUAGUAAUCCAGUUCAGCCAAUUCACUGAGGAGUACAGCAAAUUCACUGUCUUGCACAUAUGAAGUUUUAUGUCAGGUCUCUGUGUUCAUCAAUAAAAGUUCGUCUUUGUCGUGGUCUUACAUGAGUCCUGUGUUCAAGAGAUGUUUUUCGCUUCUUAAAAUGACCAGAAGAGGUC